ACCCGAUCUCCUCUUUGGCUCUGGCCUUCUUUUGUCCCGGUAUUUCAUAUCUGACUGGGCCACCCUAAUAAAAACCAUUCGCUCGGUGCUGGAGCCGCCAUGGAUCUGUGCUUUCGGAGCUUGAAAGCUCAGACAUGGGGAAUAAACAAACCAUCUUCACAGCGCAGCAGCUCGACGCAUAUCAGGACUGUACAUAUUUCACCAGAAAAGAAAUUCUCAGACUGUUCUACCGCUAUCGGGAUUUGGCACCGCAGCUCGUUCCUCUUGACUACACCAGCCACCCAGAUGUGAAGUUACCAUACGAGCUAAUUGGCAGCAUGCCGGAGCUGAAGGACAACCCAUUUCGUCAAAGAAUCGCUGAGGUUUUCUCUGAGGAUGGAGAGGGAAACAUGUCGUUGGACAACUUCUUGGACAUGUUCUCAGUGCUCAGUGAGAUGGCGCCUCGUGACCUAAAGGCCUACUAUGCUUCAAAUAUACAUUUCAACAACGAUGAUUUCAUCUGCAAGUCGGACCUGGAGAAGACGCUGAACAAGCUGACCCGAAACGAGCUAACGGAGGACGAGGUGAAGAUGGUGUGCGAGAAAGUGAUCGAUGAGGCAGAUCUGGACAACGACGGACGUCUGUCGCUUGAGGAUUUCCAGCACAUGAUUAACAGAGCUCCAGAUUUCCUCAGCACCUUUCACAUACGGAUCUGAGGAAACCGGCGGCUUAUUUCUCGCUUGUAAAAGCCCAAAUGGAUGGACUGAAAAUACUACAGAGCUUCACAAAUCAAUCUUCAGGAAACCACUCCUACUUUUUGUUUUCAUUUCAUCUUAGAUAUUUUUACUUGAAGUAAAACUGAACCCACACAGUGGAAGCCCAGCUAACCCAUCAGGAAAGGCAUCAUUAAUUAUGACCAUCAACUGCAGAUUUGUUUUGUAUCUAAAGGGGUUUUGGUUACACUAGAUAUAAAAGAGCAGAAUAUUCCAGUGGCUCCCAGUGGGCCAGUAGAGACAGAGGGAGCCAAGCAGCUCCAGCACGGGGUCAACUCCUGGUCGCCUCAGCCAAUGAAAACACUGGAAGAAGUCAAACCAUUUUUAGAUCCUUUUUUAUUAAAUCAAAAGUACACAUAUCUACAGUUGGUAGAUACAUUUCAUAUGGGUUUAGAAAGUACAGUACAGUUUAUAUAGAUUUAUUUUUCAAUGUUCAAUGAUAUUUAUAUAUUUCCCCCCCACCUCUCUAAACUUCUCCCUGUGAAUUUCCCAACAGACAGAAUGAAAACAUGGCUGCUAAAAAUGUGUUUGCUUUAUUACAUGUGAUGGGAUUUUAAGAAAAAAUAAAAUAACAAAAUAAAAAUAAUAAAUCUGUCAAAAAUAAUUGCUGCUAAAGUUCAGAUUAACAUGCAGUUUUUAAAUAAGCCUGGCCUGUUUCUGGCUCAGUGAGUGACAAAAAACACAUUAAAUGUAACAAAGCAAAUAAAUUCAUCUGUAAAGGUUUAUGAUAUACAAAGGUCCAAGAUUCACAAUGCAUAGCUCAGCUAUGAGAUCUGGCGGUUAAGACAAGUGGUCCUAGUAAUCAUGAGGUCCCAAAUCUUUCUUUGAUACUUAAAAAAAAAAAGAAAAAAGAAGAAGCUACAACCAAACCAUAAAAAUGCCU